AUGCGCCGAAUAAGUGUUCAUGUGAACAUGGAGGCUGCAGGGUCAGCUCAUCCUGUCCACCUGAGCCAGGAUGGACGCCAGCCAAGCCGAGCACCACAUCUUGACACAAAACACACCCAGGUCAAAGAUUUCCUACCUGUUCUUAACCCAGGACUGAAUAUAGCCAAAGCCUUGGCAAAUAAAGCUGUGAAGAUGCAUAAGGUGUUCUCCAUCCAGGGCCCUUACCCUGUCAUUAGGGCAGCUCUGCGGGCUCGAGGCUGGGUGGAGCAGCACCAUCGCUGCUUCAGACAGCAGCAUCAGCACAGUGAGAGCAGGUUCAGCUCCAAUGAUGCUGCUUACAGCGACGAUGAGAGCUCUGACCAUGCUGAAAUGGAGCAGGAUCCUGACAGACUGCACAGUCUCAUGUCUUGUCUUGUGCGAAAUGAAAUGGUUUAUUUCUACUGGACAAACCACAGAGAUGCCGUCAGCAAAAGCACCUUGCAGAAAGAACAGAUGAUUAAUCACUUUGCGAAGGUCACCAGCUUCACCACCAAGGCGGGGUUGUGUGUGAACUUGAGGAACCUGCACUGGUUUGAUUCUGCUGACCCGGAUACCUUCUUCCCUCGCUGUUACAGACUUGCAGUCAAGGAUGAGAGGCAUGCUUUCAUUGAGGACUACAGGCGGACAGCUUGCACCAGUCUCCUGAAGUACAUUGUGGAGAGGGACCGAGAUAUUGGGUCCAAGGGAACAAUUCGCAACGUUCAAGAUGUUCAAGGUCAGAAGAAAAAGAACAAGCAGGGAUUGAAACAGCUGACUCUAUCCCAACUGAUUAACACUGCACUCAGCAUAUGCCAGAAGUACCUGGACAGUCUGGAGCACAGAGACAUAGACACAAGCCGGGAAGCAUCACAAACACUGACGCAGGAACAGUGGGCAGAGUUUAUUCAGAGUUACUACCUUGUUGUGCAUGGUGGAGCUCAGAUCAAGAGCAGCAGUAACUCAGUUAGCUGCUGCCAGGCCAUGCUGGAGAAACUGGAGCAAGUCAGCCCACAGUUAAGCAUAGAUGGCGUCCAAAACAUUUGGAUCAUCAAACCUGGAGCAAUGUCCAGAGGCAGAGGUAUAAAAUGUGCCAAACGUCUCGAUCAGAUCCUGAAGUUGGUGGAUGUCGAUUUAGUGCUUAUCAUGGAUAACAAGUGGGUGGUGCAGAAGUACAUUGAGCAGCCUUUGCUGGUGCACGGCACUAAGUUUGAUGUGCGCCAGUGGUUUCUGGUCACUGACUGGAACCCCCUGACUGUGUGGUUUUAUAAAAAGUGUUACAUGCGCUUUUCCACGCAGCCUUUCUCGCUGGACACAUUGGACAGAUCUGUGCACUUGUGCAAUAACUCCAUCCAGAAACACAUGAGGCCUUCUCAGCAGCGCCAUCCAGGCAUUCCAGCAGACAACAUGUGGCAGGACAACCAGUUCCAGGCCUUUCUGGCCAGCCAGGGCCAGGAGGCUCUGUGGAAGACCGUUGUUGUCCCAGGAAUGAAGAAAGCUGUCAUCCACGCUUUACAGACAGCACAGGAUCUGGUGGAGUCUCGCAAAAACACAUUUGAGCUCUAUGGUGCUGAUUUUUUGUUAGGUCAGGACCUGCAUCCAUGGUUGAUAGAGAUCAACGCCAGCCCCGCCAUGGCACCCUCCACCUCUGUGACGGCUCGUCUCUGUGCUGCUGUGCAGGAGGACACACUACGGGUCGUCCUGGACCGGAGGGUGGACCGCACCGCAAACACAGGAGACUUUCAGCUUAUAUAUAAGCAGGCAGCAGUAGAAGUCCCACAGUACAUAGGAAUCGACCUUCUCCUCAAGGGCUACACCAUUAAAAGACCCUGCUCUCUUCCUCCACUGACGCCGUCUCACCAUUCAGCAGCAAAACGCAGAGGCCUCCAGAAAGAUAAAGAUCCUGCACUGGAUAAAAUUAUGCCCAAGAUGCUGUUUAAGAGAGGGAAGGUGAAGAACAACAGCCGCAAGGCACUGCCAUCUCCUCUUCCUUCUGAACCACAUGUGCUCAGACCAGCUGAAAUCACACUUCACCUGCCAAUGAGGGCAAAAAAGCCUGCUCCUUUCCCAGAGAGUCACACAAUUUUAUCAAAGAGACGAGCAGAGGUACGAAACGUGUGUUCAGACAACCUUUAA